UUCAUCAACUUCAACUGGACGGCCAGACUGUUAGAUAAUGGCCUUGAUAUGGAUCUCAUCAAUUUCAACUGGACGGCCAGAUCGUUAAACAUUUUUCAGUGAAAAAUCAUCAGAACGAAAUUUGGCAAACCAAUUUUGACACUGCUAUUCUUUCAAGGUUUCAUUCCCAUAUACGGCACGUAACUUCUUGUGUGCUUGCGAUGCGUUCUUGCCUUUUCGGAAAUAAUACAAUAAAAUAUGUCUGAAAUGCACGUCUUGCUCUUUCAUUUUUAAAUUGGGGUAAAAACAAAACUAAAUAACUAAUCGAUACAAUUUUUUUACUAAAUUAAAGGUGGAAGUCCAAACAACAUAAACGCAAUACAGGUUAGGUGCUUUGAACACGCUGACAAAACAAAAAAAUGUGCUAAGACCACCUAUUGACAAAAUCCGCAUACCACUUAAUUGCCAAACCAAAUUAUCAUAAAAAAACAUAUGAAUCCUCUAACGUAUGUAUAUACAGUCUGUUCAACGAGACGAGGCAUUAAACUUAAAAUUUGAUUGCUACGACUGCAAUAGCUGCCGACUAGUGAUUAGUAACUAGCGUCGACAGAGUUUCACUAGUCGGCAGCCAAUAAUUGGAGUCACAACGUCAUAUUUUGUUUAAGUUUACUCUGGUCUCGUUGAAUGGGCUAUAGUAUUCUAGUAUUUAUAGUGACUUUAUCUAUACUCAUAAUCAUGGCGGGUUUUGUAAGUAGCGUAUUUAUAAGUUUAGUCUACAAGGAUAAAAACUAAAAAGAAUUAUUUUGUAUAAUAUACAAGCAAUAAUUAUAUCUCUGCACUUUUACGAUUAAAGAAUUUAAUUUAUUGUGGGAUAAAAUGCUGUCAGUUGUUCUGAAGUCUGUAUUUGGUUAUGAUGAUUUUAAAAGUGAUAUUCAGAAACAAGCAACCACUGCUGUUUAUAAAGCCAAACAAGAUGUAUUUGUGUGUAUGCCAACUGGAUCUGGGAAAUCACUUUGUUUUCAAUUGCCAGCUUUAAUGAAAGAAGAUAAAAUCACAAUUGUUUUUUCACCAUUACUAGCUUUAAUAAAGAAUCAAGUUGACUUUUUAAUAAGUAAGAAAGUUAAUGCAAACUCAUUGAAUUCAAAUACAUCCACUAAAGAAAGAAAUGCAAUAAUGAAAGAUUUAGCAUCUAAUUCUCCAAAAAUCAAAUUAUUAUAUGUUACUCCUGAAAUGGGCGCACAGCAACAUUUUCAAGCCACAAUAACAAGAUUGAACAAAAUAAAAGCAUUAUCUUAUUUUGUUGUUGAUGAAGCCCACUGUUUGAGUCAGUGGGGUCAUGAUUUUAGACCUAGUUAUAGAGAAUUAGGAAAAUUUAAAAAAUUAUGUCCUAAUAUUCCCAUAAUUGCAUUAACAGCUACUGCUGCAAAAGAGGUGAAAGAUGAUAUACUCCAAUGCUUAAAUAUGAAAAACCCUGCCAUAUUCUCAGUUCCUGUAUUUCGACCUAAUCUUUAUUAUGAUGUAUGGUUUUUAGAAAUAUUAGAUAAGCCAUUUGAACAUUUAAGAAAUUUUGUUAUAGAAGCUCUUGAUUCUCAAGAUAAAUCCAUUCCAAAAGCCAAAAAAAAUUGUGGCAUUAUUUAUUGUAGGAAAAAAGAAGCAACUGAAAUAAUUGCACAUAAAUUAUCCAGUUCUGGUAUACCUGCUCUAGCCUAUCAUGCAGGUUUAAAAAAUCAAGAACGUAAUGAGGUUCAAAAUAAAUGGACAUCUGGUGAAGUACCUAUUAUUGCAGCAACAUGUAGUUUUGGGAUGGGUGUAGACAAGGGCUCUGUUAGAUUUGUAGUGCAUUGGACAGUUCCUCAAAAUAUAGCAGCAUAUUACCAAGAAUCUGGUAGAGCUGGCAGGGAUGGUAAACCAGCAUUUUGUAGGAUUUAUUUUAGUAAUAAAGAAUAUUCAGCUAUUGCAUUUCUUAUUAAAGAAGAAAUCACGCGAAAAAAGUCUGAGCUUGUAAAAUUAAAUUGGAAAAAUUUUGAAAAAACUGUUUCUUACUGUCUUGAAGCAAAAUGUAGACAUGCAGUGUUUUCUAAAUAUUUUGGAGAUAAUCCACCUCCAUGCAAAGAUAGGUGUGAUGUAUGUAAAAAGAAAGAUGCUGUUCAAGAAAGAAUAUCAAAGUUUGAAAUGUGUCAAACUAGAUCACAAUCUCAACCUAAGUCCAGUAGCAAUUUAGAUGGUAUUGCUUUACCAAAGUAUGAUGUUGAUGAAAAUGAAUAUGGAGGGAGAUUAGACUCAAGGGAAAAAUUAUUAGCUGAAAGUAAACGGGAAACAAAAGAAUUAAUUGAAAAACAGUUUGCUAUUCGGAGAAAUAAUAAUAAAAGCGUCGAGUUAAAAAAACAAAAUCGUGAAGAUGCUAAACAAUCUCAUGUACGUGCACCUGAAAGUACUGAUAUAAAAAUAAAAGGUUUAGCUGUGCAAAUUCGUGAACAUUUCUACAAUCAAUUGAGAUCAGCCUUACUGGAUAAUUAUGAAGCGGUUUUUCCUGAAUCUAAAGGACAAAUUCAAGAGACUGAUAUGCAUGAUUUAGCAUAUGAUCUUGAAUAUAAAGAGUUAUGCAGCAGUAAAAUUGCAAAUAAAUAUAAAUUUGAUAUGUCUAAAUUGAUUUCUUCGAUACGGAAAUGUACCAGUUCUAAUACGUUACAUGAACAUUUACGCGAUUUUAACGCAAAGAGUAAACAAAAUAAGCGACUAGAAUAUUUUAAUGAAUAUGAUAAAGAAAGAAAUAAUAGUCAUUUAGAACAUGACACAGAAGAUAAGUUAAGUAAACAAGCAAAUAAAAAUAUUUUAUGCCCUACAUUUAAGACUGCUCUAGAACUAAAAAAAAGCGAAAAAAUAUUGGAAAACAAGCCUAUUAAUAAGAAAAAUAUAUUCGAGGCAAGUAUUUUACAAGACGAUAAUAAAGAUAUCAAUAUGAUAGAAUCAAAAGACAAUGUUAGUAAAAAUUGCUUCCCUUUUACUGAAGAUGUGGUUGUUAAAAAUAGUUAUCUCACAAAAAAAGACAGUGAAAAAGCUAUAACACAACAUAAGACUACUGACUUUCAAGCAUUAAGUGGUUUCACAUGCGCUCGAAAGAUUCACGAAGAAAUGUUAUUAAAGGAUCACAAAAAGUCACGAAAAUUUUCGAAAGAACCCGCAAAGGAAAGUCCCAAAACUAAAAAAGCAUCUCCCGCAAGUAAAUCAGUUUAUGAGCAAAUUUUGCAAUCUACAAAAUCAAAUUCUGUUGUAGUUAUAGAAGAUAAUGAGAGUAACGGUAGCACUAAUAUCGAGGUUGAAAAAGAAUCAAAAUGUCAAAAUAAAAAGAAACGUAAAGAUGUAAAUUUAUUUGAAAGUAACGUAAAUACAAAAUUGAAUAAAAAGGUGAAGUUUGAAGAAAAAAGAUGUUCUGCAAUUAACGAGGAAAAGGUUACCAAUACUGAAGACAUUGAAAUAAAUGAAAUCUUUAGCGAUAAAAAUAAUAAAAUUAAUCAUGAAAAAAUUGAAACCAAAGACAUUAAAGAUAAAAGAAUAUUUACAACAAUAGAAGAUAUAGAAAGAAAAGAAAUGUCAGAACAGGAAAGCAUAAUAGUUGAACAUGUAGAAAUAAAAAAAUGUUUGCAAGAGAAACGUGAUAGAAAAGACCAUUUAAAGCAAUACACAGAUAAAGAUAAAAAGAAACUUGUACCUGCAGAUAAAGCUACACAAUUUAAAACUGUAAAAAUUUUAAAAUCAUACUUAAUGAAGUAUUACCCAUCUGAACGUAUCCCUGAUCGAACGGCAUUUUCAAAAAUAUGUAGAGAAAUGCAUUAUACUCUCCUUGGAAAAAAGAUAUUUGAUAAAGAGGGAAUACAACAAUUUGUUGCAAAAUAUAUGACACAGAAUUAAUAGCCUUUGUCACAAGUGUCCAUUUGAAUAUUAUAAACAAUUACACAAAUUUUGUAUAUAUACCUGUAUAGAUAUGAAAUCAUAAUUUGAUUUAAGAAAAAUUUUUUAUUCAUUAUAUAUAUUUAUAUCGGUAUUGUACUUGUAAAUUAAAACUCGAAUUUCUUAAGUGUA